GAACCACACACCCAAAAUAACUAAGAGAACCGUAUUUCUCCGCCAUGAAGAAGAGCUCCACGCUGACCACGACCACGUCGAUGCCGGCGAGUCCAACGCUCUCGGCGCAGACGCUCUCCGCCAGCAAGAUCAGCCUGAACAGCAGCCGGUGCGGCUCGGCGGGAUCGGGAUGCGGAUCCGCAUCCGGUUCGAUGCGCUCCGCCUGCCAAUCUCCGGUGCGGCCGGGAAGCGGAUGCGUGGACGCCAUCAAGGCCAAGCGCGAGGAGAUCGAGAUGGACACGCUGCUCGAGAAGGCAAAGUUCUAUACCUCCGUGUGCCUUGGUACGACUGCCAUUUUGUCGGUGUUCACAUUCCUCUUCCUGAUACCCUUCGUCGUGGAUCCCGCCAUCUCAACGAUCAUAGCGGACUAUGAUCCAGUGCCGGUGACCUGCAUCGUCAUCGAUCACAUCUACGCGGAGGGCAUCAAGAACUGCAGCUGGAGCUCCUGCCGCGAGGGCUGCACCUCAUCACUCACCAAGUGCCAUCAGUUGUUUGUCAACUAUACGCGCAUCCCGUUCAGCGAAUGGGAGCGCAAUCCUCGGGACCUAGACACGGUCAACUGGGAUGUGAGCUAUACCAAGUUUCUGAUCAAUUCAGAGGGUUGUGGCUAUCCACCCACGACCAAUUGCAGCAUAUUUGCCAGGCAAUAUGGGUUCUCGCACAUUGGAGAGCCCUUCCCCUGCUACUACAGCAGGGCGUAUCCGGAGGUGGUCAUCGGUCGGUACUCGUGGGAGAACAACCUGUACCACCUCAUCCUGUCGCUGAUCAUACCGAACGUGCUCUUCGCCAUCUCGAUCGGGGUGCUCAGCUAUUGGUACUGCCCCUGCUGCGAGAAGGCCUGCAACAAAUCCUCGCGGGUCUACGCCGAGAAGUUCCCGACCAAGGAAGACAAACUUCUGUGUCACAGUGACGAAGAUGAUGAUAUGGAAUACUAGCAAAAAUAAUAUUAGUUAAAGCCCUUAACAAAUAGCAAAUUCAACUUUGUAGUCUGUACCACACACAUUGCUUACCUAGAAUUAUAAACAAGCAUAUAGAAUUCCAUUUGCCAUCACAUCGGACGAUCAAUAUAUAUAUAUAAAAAUAUAUAAAUCAAGUGGAGCAUCGCCGAAGGAGUAACUUUUUCUCAGCCAUUUUAUUCAACUUUUGCGCUCAAGAGAUUUGUUAACAUAAACUUUGCCAUCAUAUUGUUAUGCUAGUUAUAUGGAAAUUUCGUUGGCUUUAAUGGCUUUUUUUUUUGGAGGCUGCAGCGAUGCUCCAAUCUCGACUUCAAUUUUCACAGAGAUAAUACCAAUACCAAUUAAUGAGUCGCUUGUUUUCAACAAAUUGUGAUAGUAGUCAUAAAAAUAUUAAGUAAAUUCGUAAAACUAACUAAAACGGAAGCGAAAACCAAAAAAAAAACCAAUCAAACAAACAAUUGUAUAGAACCGAAUCCGCUCCAGGCCGCAAAACGCGGCGAAGAUUCAUAGAAACGGGGCGGUACGAACUCCAGAAUGAAAUAAACCCAGAUAAAGAUAGAUAUACUACAAGAUACCAGAUACAAUCCAUUGGGGUUAAGCAGCGGAACCAAAUUAUUCACUCACACAACACGCUCACAUUGGGAAACUCUCAACAUUUUUGAAAUAGUUUUAACGAUCUUAUGUAAAAACCAGCAUCUAAACGGAUUAUAACAGUAUAUAUAUAGGCAUAUAUAUGAAUAUAUAUAUAUAGAUAUAUACGUAUACAUAUAGCUUAGCAGAACCGAUAUAACGCACGUUGCUUAUGAGAAUUUUUUAAAUCAUACAAAACAAACCGAAAGAACAAACCAAUUUGAAUGCAAAACGAUUAAAAAUUUUUUACUUAACGUGUCUUUAUCAAUAAACAAAUUAAACCAG